AUGAAGGCUUCAACCAUUGCCCAGACACUUCUCGGGCUCUCGGCUACUGCCUCGGCCGCCCAGCUGAACCUCGACCUGACCAGCGAGAGCUCCAUCAAAGACACCGCCAGCACCCUCGCCUAUGGCUUGAUGAAAUAUUACAACGGAAACCAGACCGGCGGCAUCCCCGGUCUGUUGCCCGGACCAUACUACUGGUGGGAGGCCGGUGGCAUGUUUGGCCAUCUAAUUGAUUACUGGUACUACACUGGAGAUGCGUCGUACAAUGCCGUUACAAUGGAGGGCAUGAUGCAUCAAAUCACCCCCAAGGGCGACUUUCUUCCCGUCAAUCAGACUAAUGCCAUGGGUAACGACGACCAGGGCUUCUGGGCCCUCACCUCAAUGAUGGCCGCCGAGGCCGUCUUCCCCAACCCUCCGUCCGACACGCCUCAAUGGCUCGCCGGUGUUCAGGCCGUCUUCAACGAGUAUGCUGUGCGUUGGGAGGAAGAAAACGGCCUCUGCGGCGGCGGAUUGCGCUGGCAGGUGUACUCUUUCCUCAACGGUUGGGCGUACAAGAACAGUAUUUCCAACGGUUGCUUCUUCAACAUCGCCGCCCGUCUCGCUCGCUUCACUGGCAAUGCCACUUACGGUGAAUGGGCCCAGAGAAUCUAUGAUUGGGAGGUCAAAGAGGGCCUCAUCAGCGACGACUACAUCAUCUACGACGGAAUCGAGGUCGACGAUGCUACCAAGAGCUGCAAAAACAUUCACAAGGUCCAGUUUACCUACAAUGCCGGCGUCUGGCUCCAAGGCGCCGCCGCCAUGUACGACUACAACAAGACCGACGUCUGGAAGGGCCAUGUCAACGGCAUCCUCAACUAUACCGAAAGAACAUUUUUCCAAAAUGACAUCAUGUACGAACCUGCCUGCGAGACUGUCCACACCUGUGACCAAAACAUGGUCAGCUUCAAGGGAUACCUGAUUCGCUUCCUUGCCGCCACUGCCAAGAUGGCUCCUUGGACCGCCGACUCCAUCACAAAGUUGAUCAGCACUGCCGCCAAGGACGCCGUCAAGGUCUGCAAUGGCGCCAACGGUCCCAAGUUUCCCGGCCCUGACGGUACGGGAUGCGGCUUCUCCUGGCUCAACGGCACAAACGACGGCUUGAUGGGUGUUGGCCCCCAAAUGGAUGCCCUUGCCGCCGUCUUUUAUAACCUGCUUCCCAACGUCAAGGCCCCGGCUACGGAACAAGAUCGUGGCACAUCCAAGGGCGACGCCGGUGCGGGCAGCACGCAAGCCCAGCCGCUGCCGGAGCCCCGAGCCAUUACCGGAGGCGACCGAGCCGGCGCCGCUAUUCUCACGAUUCUCAUUGCCGCCGGCAUCCUAGCUGGCAGCUUCUUUGUCACCAGCAAUGUGCUUUCCUAUGCAUAA